CUAUUACAUAUUGCUGAUUCAAUAUAUAAUACUGGGCCUGCAUGGGCAACCUGGCAGUAUCCCAUGGAAAGGCUAUGUGGAAUGCUAUUGCCUUUGGUUCGUUCUACACAACAUCCUUAUACAAACCUCCAAAAUCAAAUUACAAUGUGGACCCAGUUUUCACAUCUUCAAUAUAAA